CAAAAGAAAACAACUUGAAGCUAAUCCAACUGUGGUUACUAAUUCAGUUGCAGUUGCGAAUUUUAAUCAAAGUGAUCUGUAUAAUAUAAACCUUGAACAUGAUAGCGAUUCUUCUAAAGAUUUGCCUUCAUAUUUUCUGCAUAAAGAUAACAUGCAGA